GGUUGUUAUCGAGAACACGAGAAAAGUGGUCCUUUAUUAAAAUAUCAUAGAAAAUUUAUUCUUCAGAUUUUUUAUAAAAUCUUAUUGAAAAGUUUCUUGUAAUCGUACGAUUUUCUGACAAAUCUUACGAAUUUCAUACAUACGACGACGACGACGACGACAACAACAACGUGAAUUUAUUUGUUGUAGAGAAUUAUUACUUCGUGUAAUUUGAUUCGUUUAAUAUUUCUUGAUAUUAUUACAUCGAUCGAUUUCAAAUAAAAUAAAAAAUGUCGUUCACUAUGGAAGAAAGUACCAGUUUAACGAUGGAUUAUUCCUCGUACAAAACUGAAUUAUCGAAAAGAAGAAGAGCCGUUGUUACGAGAGAAUUAACUAAAAUAGCAUACUCGGCACCGACUAGUUUGGUUUCACUUGCCGAGGGUAUGCCGAAUGAAAAGACUUUCCCAUUCACCGAAAUAUCCGUCAAACUUUACGAUGGUUCGUCGUUUACACUCGAAGAAAGCGAAUUGGGCAAGGCUCUUCAAUAUAUACCAACUCAAGGUUACCCUCCGUUAUUACAGACCCUGAGGGAAUUCCAAAGGAGGGUGCACGCACCACCCCUAUGGGAAAGUCGCGACAUAGUAAUCGUCGCUGGUGCUCAGGAUGGUUUAAGUAAGACAUUGGAAUCUAUCAUCGGUAUCGGUGAUCCUAUUCUUGUUCAUGAUCCUUUUUAUCCUGGAGUUGAAGUUGUGGUUACGCCACAUCAAGCAGAGUUUAUAUCGAUCCCUCAGGAUGAUUUUGGAAUAAUACCGGAAAUAAUGGAAGAAAUUUUACGAGAGAGACUAAUUUCUGGUAAAAAAAUGCCAAAAAUUAUGUACGUCAACGCGACAGGUGCUAAUCCGACAGGUGUAAUUAUACCAUUUGAGAGAAGAAAAGAAAUCUACAGGUUGGCAUGCGAAUACGAUUUUCUCAUUCUUGACGAUGAUCCUUACUGCUUUUUAAGUUACAAUGAUGAAAUACCCCCAUCAUUUUUAUCGAUUGAUACGGAAGGACGUGUUAUCAGAGUGGAUUCCUUUUCUAAAGUUAUUAGCAGUGGCAUGAGAAUUGGUUUUAUCACUGCUCCAGCGCCACUUUUAGCAAGCAUUGAACUUCACUUGCAAAGUAGUCACCUGCACGCACCUUCCUUAUCACAGGUCAUACUAUACAAACUUUUCAAGAUAUGGGGAUUCGAUGGUUUGAUGAGUCAUAUGAAACGUAUUAAACAUUUUUACAAGGAACGCAGAGAUGUGAUAGUGACAUUGGCUAGAAAACAUUUGAAUGGAUUAGCUGACUUUGCCGUACCAAGCAGUGGAUUCUUUUUAUGGAUUAAAGUACGCGAUAUCAAAGAUACGUGGCAAAUGUUAAUGCAACGAGGUAUCAAUGAAGGAGUUAUCAUGGCACCUGGUGCAUCUUUCACAAAAGAUCCCACCGCACCUUGUAAUGCCAUACGAGCAUCUUUUUCAAAAGCUUCUUACGAAGAAAUGGAUUUGGCCAUGGAAAGGUUGGCAUCAUUGAUAAGAGCGGAAUUAACUGAAAAUAAUUUGUAUUUGCAGAAUUUAAAUUCAUGACAAUAAUAUAGAAAACAACAAAUGUUUUAUUGAAUGAAUUCAUUCAUUUUACAUGACUUUUUAUGGAUUCGUCAUGUAGUCGCAAAUUUCUAGGAUUUAUUUGCGACAUACGAAGAUUUCAUUCACUUUAUCUAAUUGGAGCAAGGAAGGAAAUCUCGAUUGACGAAAAUGGGAUACUAUAUUUAUCGACUGUAAAACAUUUCUUACAGUCGGUCGGUAAAAACGGGAGUUUACCUAUGGGAUUUAUCAAUGGGAAUUUUGUUUGCCUAUUGAAUUGUACUCAAAGAGCAAGGGCUGGUAAAAGGACGACAUCUAUACAAUCGAAAAGAUAGUAUUUGAAAUAAUUAUUUUCUACGAGAAUUUAAAAUAUAAACUUGAUCCAUGGGAAAUAUGUAUAUGGGUUUUCCAAAUAUUUCGUUAUAUUUCAACGAUUUAUUUAUAAUAUCUAUUAUUAUUAUUAUUAUAUUUCUUGAC